AUGAAGAAAGUAAAGAUUGUUCUUGUUGGAGCACAGCAUACUGGAAAAACAUCAAUUGUUAACAAAUAUGUAUUAGGUAAGUUUACCCAGCAUACCAUUUCAACAACACAACCUGGUUUAGCUCAAAAGCAGAUUACUCAUAGAGAUCACCAGCUUUCCUUGGAGAUUUGGGAUACAGCUGGACAGGAGCGUUAUAAUGCACUCUCUCCCUUAUUUUAUAGGGAUGCUGAAGCAGGAAUUGUUGUUUUCGAUCUUACCGAUCAAGAAUCAUUCACCCGCGCAGAAAAAUGGAUAGAAGAGCUUAAGAAGGCAAGAGGAGAUAAUAUUCAUAUUGUUGUUGCAGGUAAUAAAGUCGAUUUGGUUGAUAAGAGAAAAAUAUCACCUGCAGACGCCCAAAGGAUAGCGCAGAGCGUCAAUGCGCCAUACUUUGAAACUUCUGCUAAAACAGCUGAAAAUAUCGAAGCCCUUUUCAAUUCGAUUUGCGAUUUAAUUGUUAACCAACUUUUGUCCCAAAACCAGGGCGGUGACUCUGGUGAAAAGAAAUCUCUACGUGCCUCAAUAAGGUUUGAUCAAGCACAGCCUGAAAAUAACGGUUGUUCAUGUUAA